AUGGUUGCCUUACAAAUAAGUGAAGAAAGUCAAUCUGAAGAAUCUCUCAAAAUUCUAAUUCAAAAAUUGCAAGAAGCAGUAAUUCGGGGGAGGCAAGGAGAAGCAAUAAAUGAGCACAUCAAGGAGAGAUAUGAGAAGCACUUGAAUAAGCUUAAGGACUUGCCCAGUUACCACUUAAAAGAUCAUUACUCUUUACUUCAAUGGAAGGUACAAUUAGAAACGAUGGAAAACAAAUACUUGGGACUAAUAACUCAACUUAUCAAAGUCGAGAAUGAAAAACCUUUUGAGAGGAUAAAUACGUUUCCCUACAUCCAUUGGGAUGACGAUAAGUACAAGGAAUUCCUUGACGAACUAUUGGGCAAAGUUUGGGACAUUCUAUAUGACAAAAACAAUUACUCAAUUGAUCAGACACCUUUGACUAAUCUCUGGAAACUCACUUCUAAGACAAAUGAUCCGGCGAUUGGACGGAAACUUACAAGCAGGCUUAUUGCGUACUACAAGGUUAUUGCAGACCCAAAUAAGAAUUUUCUUAACUUUCACCUGAAGAGUAAGUAUCUCGAUAAGUUAUAUUACGAUGACUUACAAGGUUUCAUCAACAAGCUAGAUAAGAAAGAGUGUCAUGGCUUUCACAUAGCUUCAUGCAACAGAAACGUAUUUCGUGAUAUAUGUGAGCAAACCUAUGCUGAUGCUUAUGAAGAGUGGUUAGCUGAUAAGUUGUCGCCAGUGCCUACUAUAGAAGAUAUGAUGUAUCGACUUCGUCGCCACCCAGACUACCCCAGUACUGAUAAAGCUUAUCUCAAGCAAACGAGGCGUCGUAUCAACAAGGUGAAAAGAGAAAAAUCCAACCAAUCCAAGAAGCAAAGUAAUGCAGGUAGUCAUUCAGAAAGCCCAAAAGGACGACGAAGUCAGAAUUAA